GUCCCUUGCGGUGUUUGAUUGUUUUGCAUACACGGAUAAACAGAAAGCUACAUACGGGCGGGUAAGUGGAAGCUCCUGGCAGCUUCCAGAGCAGAGCUCCUUGCACAUUCGCUGCAAGCAAAGCGCUGCGCGCACCUAAAAGCACUCCGAGCCCCAGAUAGGGGCAGCUCAUUGACUUUUCCAGCACAUUCCCCCCAGAGGCGGCACUUACAGCUGCUGCGUCUGCACGUCGCUCCCUGCAGCUCCUCCGGCUCUCCUCCUCAAUUCACCGGGAAUGGCAAGAGGCGCACGGCCGGCCUUCGUAUCGCUGCGCCGGAGCGCGUUGCGCUCUCACCGCGUGCAGCCGCGGGGAAGGUCGAGGCACGGGCGGUCUCGUGUGCGACCGUUAUCCGGGACAAGCGCCACCGGCGAGCGGGCAGCGCCAUGAGCGGGCAGCCUCCGCAGCGGCCGCGCUAUUUCCCUCAUUUCCACGACCGCCCCGAGCCCGACGGCGGCCCGUGGAAGACCUUGACGGCUGCGUGCUGGCCGAGGCAGUCCCCGUCUCCCUCCGGGGUUUCCCGCUCGUCCGCGGAGCUGGCGCCCAUCGACUACGAACCGCUGCGCUUCUUCAGCCCCCCGGCGGCCGAGGAGAGAGCGGCGAAGCCGUCCGACGAGGCGUCGCGGCUGGAGGAGGAGAUCUGCGAGCUGGGCAUCCGCGUGAAGGAGCUGGAGCUGCUCGCCCUCAUCGGCGAAGACUUCGACGCGCAGCAGUAUAAACUUUUGAAGGCACAGAGAGAAGAAAAGAUAGAAUGCUUGAAAGCAGUGAAGAAACAGAAGCUGCAGCCCCCAGUGUGAUGGAGUUGUGUCUUCUGGAUGUUCCGUACUAUGGAGUAUUUUAAUGGAUCUUCCAUAGUAUUCCUUUAUUAAAUUAAAAUUUGUUAUAUUCUCUUGUUAACAAUUUUUGUCAUUUCUCUGGUAGGAGAU